ACCGUCCUCUUCCUCGACAUCGUGGGAUACACCAAGCGCUGUAUGGAGCUCUCGCCCGACGAGAUCACGGACUGGAUGUCGCAUGUGCAUGCUGACGUCGAGCAGCUGAUCGCCGAGUACUCGAUCCGCAAGAUCGAGACGAGAGGAGACUGCUACAUCUGUGCCUCGGGUACCAACGGCGUGCAGGGCGACAGAGGGGAAGACCAGAUGACGAGGAUGGUGAAGUUCGCGGUUGCAGUCUUCCAUCGGAUCAAGCAGAACAACGACACGCUCAUCCGUGUUGGCAUCGCGUGCGGCCCCCUCACCAUCGCCUACAUCGACAGCAACCACUUCGCUCCCACCAUGUGCGCCUUUGGUGACACCAUGAACACAGCGGCUCGCAUGGAGCAGAGCGGAAACCCGGGACUGCUGCACCUGUCGGAAGAGGCGGCACUGCGGUACAUGGACGAGAUGUGGAGCCACAAGCAGGCGGAGGAGCUGCGA